AUGCUUCAAUUGUGUCCACUGGAACAUCUUCUAGAAUUUCUUGCUCCGGGCUCUUAUGCAGAGUUGGCUUGUAAAGGUCGUCCUUGUACCAAUUGUGGCAAAUGCCGUGACUGGUACUAUGAGGGCGAUCUGAGCACAUGGGAAUGGAUAAUAAGUGUGAAGAAUUGGGAUGAAGAAGAUAGGAAGCUGUGGGACGAUGGUAACUUUUCUAGGCGGUUCAAGCGUCGUGAUCGUGCCCCAUGUAAUGGUUCUUUUGGUUAUUAUUAUGAUCGUCGUCGUAAUUAUCAUGGUGGUCAUAUUAGAACUUACAUUGAUUGCGAAUGUGGCGAGGGUUAUGAUACUUAUUUCACUCGCCAUGGCUAUGAUGGUUGUGGUUAUCGGUAUAAUUUUAUUGGCCAUGUUUUCUCUUAUUGUCAAUGUUCAGAGAAUAUUAAAAAAAAGUGAAUUUUUCCAAAAGUUUAAAGACUUUUAAGGCAAUUUUGUUGUGUUGCUCUUUUUUCCACAAUAAAAAGAACGUAAGUGUGAUCACAUAGCACAUGCAGUUGUUUUCAGCGGUGAAAGUUGAGCAUGGGUUUGGGGGCGGGGGAUAACUCAAAGAAGUACAUAACACGUUUCGAAAGUUUUAUGGGUUCAUCAUCAGGCAUAUUUGAAUUAAGGAAUGCUGCAUGAAUACUCACAAGAACAUCUUGAAUCAUAGUGAAAAUAGGCUGCAUUGGUAUUCGUAGUAAAGUACAAAAUCAUUCUGCUGAAUCUUAGCUAUUACUUUUCAUCAUCUUAUUUCUUGUUAUAUACAGGUAAUAAUCAAUCGAAACGAAUUGGGUGUGGGUGUGCCUGGGGGUGUGGUUGUGAGUUGGGUGUGUGGUUGUGAGUUGGGUGUGGGCGUGUGUAAGAGAUUAGCAGAAUGAACCCACACCCACACCCACACCCACCCACACCCCCAUACCCACACCCACACCCAAAAGAGAUAAAUUUCUAAUCAGAUUCUUUGUCUACUUUUGUUAUAACUUCUCUCAUGAAUAAGAUUUUGAAAAAAAUUAUCUUUUAUAUUUUGUUGACAACUUCGAUAGAUUCACUAAUGAAAAUAGAUUUUAUUUGUCGAUAUUUUAGAAUUGAAACAAAGAAAAUAUUAUUCAAGAAAACUGAACUCAAAAUGUUUAGAAUCAUAUUUUUAGUUAAUCAAUGAAUUCUAAAGUUGAUUUCAACUUUUAUUUUCUUCAUUAAAAAUACUUCAUUUUUCUUAUGUCUAACUAAAAACUCAUUUAUUC